UGUAACUUGAAGUAUCUCAUUAGUCAUUAGGUACUGUAAAAGCAUAGACUUAGUAAAUACUAAGUCUAUGUGUAAGAGGCAUCCAAUUGAAGUGAUAGUGAGUAGUGACCAAGUUGAUCAGACCAACUUAUGAUACAGACUAGUGCUAUGAUAUACUUAUAAAUAUCAGCAGUUGUAGAAGAGAAGUUUUAGUAAAAAUUACAAUAAAAUGGAUAAUCCUGAAAGCAGCACUGCAGGGACACCAACUUCCUGGUGUCAUCCUGCACAUCGAGUCCACAGAUUUUUUGCGUUGUUGCUUAUGUGUUUCCUUUGUUUUGGAUCUUACUUCUGCUAUGAUACUCCAGGAGCAUUAGCUGACAAUUUCAAGGGAGAUUCACAUUUAAAUACAUCUCAAUUUGCAUUGUUGUAUUCUAUCUAUUCAUGGCCUAAUGUGGUGCUAUGUUUCAUUGGUGGCUAUCUUAUUGAUAGGUAUUUUGGAGUAAGACUCGGAACAGUUAUAUAUAUGUCAAUAUUGUUUACUGGAGCUCUUUUGUUUGCACUAGGUGUCUAUAUUAACAAGUUUUGGCUUAUGAUUCUUGGCAGAUUUGUAUUUGGUAUAGGAGGAGAAUCACUUCAAGUAGCAGUGAAUAACUAUGUGGUACUUUGGUUUAAAGGAAAAGAACUGAAUAUGGUGUUUGGACUACAACUGUCAUUCUCUAGAUUUGGCAGUACAGUUAACUUUUGGGUUAUGGAACCAAUCUAUCAUUGGGUUGCAAAUUACUACGGAGGAUAUGAGCGCUUGGGUGUUACUUUAUUCAUUGCUUCAAUGACAUGUUUGGGGUCACUUUUAUGUGGUCUAAUACUCGGAUUUAUGGAUCACAGAGCAGAAAAGAUAUUGGAGAGAAGUGAGCAGCAUUCUAAUGAGCCACCAUUCCGAAUGCUUGAUAUUCUUAAUUUUAAGACUGUGUAUUGGCUACUUUCCAUAAUCUGUGUUGCUUAUUAUGUAGCAAUAUUUCCAUUUAUUGCUUUAGGAAAGUUGUUCUUUGAAAGAAAAUUCGAUUUCAACCCACAACAAGCGAACACAGUGAACUCUAUGGUAUAUUUUCUGUCCGCCGCAUUAAGUCCCUUCUUUGGUAUUUUAAUAGACAAAACUGGACGUAACGUGAUGUGGGUUAUUUUGAGUAUAAUAACCACGAUUGGUUCUCAUUUCCUGCUAGCUUUCACAUUUGUGAACCCCUAUGUUGGAGUGAUGUCACUAGGGAUAUCCUACUCACUUUUAGCGAGUGGACUUUGGCCAUUGGUUGCGAUGAUUGUUCCUGAAUCUCAGUUGGGAACGGCGUAUGGGAUUUGCCAAGCUGUACAAAACUUGGGGCUUGCCACAGUAAUUAUCUUGGCUGGUGUUGUUGUUGAUAAAUAUGGAUACCUUAUGUUGGAGAUGUUUUUCCUGGGAUGUCUUUUCAUCGCAUUGAUCGCAGCCGUACUUAUUUACAUUGUGGACUCGGCCAAUUCUGGUGUACUUAAUUUAUCGCCGCAGGAAAGGGAGGCGUUGAAAUCGGCUACGAUACAAACAGACGAAAGAGCUAAUCUCUUAGAUCACGAGAGUUCAGACCCUGAUGAAGAAGCCAGACCUUCAGAAGACGAGAGGGACAGUGUGUUGACACAAUCAGACAGGAUUCGAAGUCGAUACAUUUCGCAUAUAUUGCCCAAUACUAAUAUUCCAGAUAGACCAUAGGUAGGUGAGUUUCAAGAUAAAUAACCAAAAAUCAGAUAUGCUUUCAGUUUGAUUGACUUAAAUAAUCGUAAAAUUUUCGUUAAUGCGUAAACUUUGUAUGUGACUUAAUCCUAAGAACCUAUUUCAAAGACCCAAACAAUGCAUUAUCUUAUGUACGGCAGUCCUAAUAUUAUUAAGAUUUUUUUUUAUUAAGGGUACAAAAACGAUUAUGAUAUGACAAAAGAUCACGAGAAAAGUCGUGGGACUUUGAUAGACGUCGAUUGUUAUCAUAAAAUAAAUUGAACUUAGCUGGAAUUCAAAGACAAGAUUGUUAGUUUUUGAAAAAAGAAUUCUAGUAUUUAAUUGACUUUGACAGUUAAUAGAUAUUUGUAAUCUAUAACAGAACAUGACGGAUUGACAGAUAAAAAUCUUGGUUAUAAAACGUAGAUUAAAUUUUUUUUUCAUAAACCAUGGUUUUCAAAUCUGACGCUUGGUAAAGCUAUCACUUCGACCCUUAUACGUAUGAGGCUGGGCCUUUUGCCUGACGAUACAAGUGGGUGAGCCAAUGACGUUGGGGAUUUUAAUCAUAUAUUCUUUGCCUGUACUCGACAUGACCGUUCUGCUUUUAUUUCCUCGCUUUUAUCCAUUAAUUCCUUUUAUCUAAUAUAAAUAUUGAUGUAUAUAGAAUUCUAGCCACUUUCAUUUUUCAUAACAAUAUAAAAUAUGUUUUAUAUAUAUACUAAAUUUAUCUGAUCCUUUUCGAAAUUCCGCAACAAUUUCCUAUCCAAUAAAUCUAAUAACGCACUUCCUUACUUUUUUGCAUGGCUGACGCACAAACCGUGCAGGCCAAGAAAGGAAAAAAAACAUUUUUUUUAAUUUCUUGAUUCUCAUACUAAUUCUUGGUUAGCCGUGAGAAUAUGGUAUUUUACGUUUAUUCGUUUUAUAAAAAAGCCGCAAAUAUGAGAAAAAUAUUUGUGUCAAACUUUACUAGUACUCACGAUAACGUUUUUACUAUACUAUUUUUGUGAUAAUUUUGAACCAGCAUUCUGGUACAAUUCUGAUUAUUUUUAGUAACUUU